AUGGCUGUGCGCGGCGGCUGCCGCAGCGCCUUUUCGUGCUUCGUGCACGACCAGCUGCCCGAGCUGGAGCGGCGCGGGCUGCCCGUGGCCCACAUGGCGGACGCCGUCCCCUACUGCUCCCAGGCAUGGCAGUCCCUGACAGAGGAAGAGAAGACAGUGUAUGCAGAGAAGGCUCGUAAAUGGAAUAGCAAGAAGCGCUCUCAGGAGACAGUGAAGCAGACUUUUAAUGUGCCUGAUGCAGUUCCUGCUCCUCUGACCACAAAGGUGCCCAGUGUUACUCCUCUGCCAGAUGCCUCUGCUCUGUCUUGGAGGAAUGAUCAGGCUAUGGUUGCAGACAUCUUCUACUUUCUGGACAUUUACAGCUAUGGGAAGCUGCCACCCCAGUGCGAGCAGCGCUUCCUUCCCUGUGAGAUUGGGUGUGUCAGAUACUCCCUCCAAGAUGGCAUCGUGGCUGAUUUCCACCACUUCAUAGAUCCAGAAGUACCACCACGUGGUUUUCGGUACCACUGCCAGGCUGCUGGUGAUGAAACACAUAAGAUCCCUAUAUCUGGAUUUCACCUUCCUCGUUCUUGUUAUGCAGUUGUCCUACAGGAACUCCUUGAGUUUGCCCAGCCAGCCAGAGGUGCUCAGCCUCGCUUCUUCUGCAGGUCUAAUGACAGAUUCCGAAUUAACUGGUGUCUUGGUCGAAUGGCCAGCAUAACAGGCAUUGAGAGCCACUGGGAGCUUUUUGCUAUAGAAGACCUGAUAAUGAAACUGUACCAGAAGAAAUACCAAAAGGAGCCAUCCAAGAUCUGGGUGUAUAGAAAACUGGAUGUCUGUCUGUGGGAUUUCUCCAGUAAUACCAGGUGCAAGUGGCAUGAGGAGAAUGAUAUAAUCUGCUGUGCUCUGGCAUCCUGUAAGAAAAUGGGUUACUGCAUCAGUAAAUCCUUUGCUAGUGUGUAUGGAGUCCCACUAACAGCAGCUCACCUCCCUCUGCAAGACUCUGGUUGUCAUCAAAGCACAAAUACCAGGAUUGUGAAACUGGAUGCUGGACAUAUCCAGAAAAUGAAACCAGAGAGUUCUGGAUGUGACAAACCUUUAGGUUCUCCCAGACAAGAUCAAGAGUUUUUCCCUUCUAAUAGUGGUUCUCCAUGUGGUGUGAAGACCUUCCCUUAUGGAACAAGUGUUGUCCAAGGAAGAGGAGUUAUUCGAUUGCUGAGAAGUGCAACUGGUCUAUCCAAGUCUUUCAGUCAUUGA